AUGACAGCCUCAAGUCCCAUCUGGAGAGUCCAGGACAUCCUCUACGGCAGACACGACUUGUGGGCACGGCUCGACAUUGGGUGCAAAGGCAAGCGAUUUCAGGUAGAAAUUUGCCCUAAGAACUUCGUCAACUCAGAGUUAUCUUUCACCAAGUACGCGCGAUUUAUCAACGAUAUGUUUGGCCAUGACUGGGAAACCACAUACAAUGAAUUCUAUGACUGGAUAGUACCACCAUUCCUUCCUAUUCUUGCUGAAAUUGAAGCACCGCCAUUGGAUGGACAAGCUUCCACGCUUCGUGAUUACCUCAAUCCAGAAACAUACUACUUUCAGCUUCACUUUAUCGAUGAGAUAAUGGAACCCCGAUGCGAUUAUAAUGCUCGAAGGACGCUGCGCGAACCGGGUGUUGACAUAGGUGACUUCGCUCUUCAUCCCAGCUGGGGUUGUUUCACACCAGAAAUGGUACAGCAGUGCCUCAACGAGGGGGAAUAUAGUUAUUCCAACUACCCAAGGAAGGUUUGUGUCGAUGGAAAGCUGUGUUUCUUGAAAGACAACUACACGAAACGAGGGCUUCUUCGUGAGUUGGAUACUUACAAGAAAAUGGAAACGAAAGGACUGAGCAAUAAUGCGCAAGUGCGUGUACCUCAAUUUAUCGGCGUGGUAUAUGCUGCUCAGGACUGCCGUCAUGUUAUCGGCAUUUUGAUAUCGUUGGUAGACUGCGACAAUCUUACUCUUUCAUGUGCACUACAUGAUGAAGUCACAAUUUCGCAGCGGAGGAAAUGGGAGGAGCAAGUUACUACAACGGUGGAAUUGCUGCAUGAGGCUGACAUUAUCUGGGGAGAUGUAAAGCCGGACAAUGUGUUGGUAGACAGGAACGAGGAUGCGUGGGUGAUCGAUUUCGGUGGUGGUUACACGCCAGGAUGGGUGGCGAAGGAGCACAUGGAGACAAUGGAAGGCGAUAGAGACGGCCUUUCGAAAAUCAAGGACAGAAUAUACUCACACCAUGGCAGCGAAGUGGGACGAGCCUCACAAAGAGAUGGGACAUAUUAG